AUGAAUCGUAUUCUUAUGGUUAUACGUUAUCGAAAAGCAACACAUAUUGGUUUAAGAAUAUUUAAAAUUAUUACUAUUAAUCAAUUUGACAAAUUGGAUAAUCUAAACAAUAUAUGGAUAUUCAUCGAAGAAGACAAAUGUAAUGAAAGACAACAAAUAAAACAAUCAAAUGUAAAACAACGUCGACGAUAUGCAAGCAGUUCCAAUAACAAUAAUAAAAAUAUAACUACUUCAUUAGUUACUUCAUUUCUUCAAUAUUUACGUAGUGAACUAAGAGCAACAACGAAUGAAAAUAAUAAUGAUUAUCAAAGAAUUCAAGAAAAGAAAGCAUCUGAAACCAACAAUUGUUUAUCUCAAACAUUUUAUUUAUCAAAUAAUUUUUCUCGUCAACAAUAUCCAAUUCAAAUGUCAACAUCGUCAUCGUCAUCAACUGCUUCUUCUCAAUCAUUAAUUAAUAAUUCGAAAAAAUUAUCAAAUAAAAAUUUAUUAAAAAAUACAUUUGAUAAUAAUUCUACUAAUGAUGAUAAUGAAAUAUUAACAUUAAUUAAUUUACUUAUUUUACGUAUUGAAUGUUUACCUAAUGAUAAUACAUUAAUUAUUGAGAAAAAAAAUAACGAACAAACUUCAAAAAUUAAAGAAAUUGAUCAAAAUUUAAUUGAAUAUCUUUAUUAUCUAUUUAAUAAAUUUAUCAAUGAAGAUAUUGAUUCAAAUACACCUAUGGUAAAUAAAACAAACUUUGUUAAUAUUUGCCAAACAGUAGUACGUAGUGGUUCUUUAAAUAUGCCAUCAACAACAUCUCCUGAUCAAUCUUUUUCGGAAUCUACUUUUACAAAUGAUAGUGAUCAAACACUAAUUCAAACGUCUGUACGUGAGUAUACAGCAGAUAUAAAUGAUAUAGCAGUAAACAAUUCAUCGUUGAAUGAACAAAUUUCAUCUGCAUCCAUGAAUGAUCAAGAAGCUUGGCUUAUUGUUGAUUUAGAAGAAAUUAAAGCAGAACGUUCAACAACAAAUUUUGAUGAAUCAAAAUAUACACGAGACACGUGUUUAUUAUCAUCACCAACCUGCGAUGAUCAUUUAUUACCACCAAAUGAAAAUUACUUUUCCAUUGAAGAGAUAAAAUCUUCUGAAUCUGAAUCAUCACAUAGUAAUUAUUACUCGCCUGAUUCAUCAUUAGAUGAUUUAGAAAAUAUGUUACAUGAAAUUAUUGAAAUAAAUAAUAACAAUAAUAAUAAUAUAUUAUUGAAAGAAGAAGGAUCAUCAUCAUCAUCAUCAUCAUCAUCAUCAAAUGAACAUGCUUCAAAUAAUACUAAUGUCAUUAUAGAAGUAAAAGAUACUACAAGCAAUGACAACAUUUGUACAGGAUUAACUAAUGAUUGUAGUACUAAUAAUAGUAGUAUUGAUAGUAAGGAACAAGUAGCAUCAUCAAUAAUGGAGACAAAUGAACAGAUGACAAUGAAUCUAAAUGAUAAAACGUCCCGACGUGAACGAAAAAUGCAAGAACGUUGGACAAUAACAACUAAAAAUAAUAAAAAUACAAAUGAACAAUUACCAACAAAAGCUUUUUUAGGUGUAGAAUUUCCACCAAUAGCUGUACUUAGACGAAAAUUUUCAUCAUCACCACCAUCAAAAUUAAAUACAAUACCAUUAAAAAAAAAAGAUUAUUCAACUGUAAAAACAAAAGUAUUAUUAAAUAAAAAUGAAAUAAAUAAUUCUUUACAAGAUAAUAUUAAUAAAACAAAUGAACAUAUUUCAUCAACACCAUUAAAUCGGUCAAUGUCAUUACAAAAUCAGGAGAUUAACACAUCAACAACAACAAACAUAGUGGACAAAACAAAACAUGAUCAUCAAGUGCUUGAUUUACAAUCGAAUGAUACUUCGUCACUACUAAUUUGUAAUGAUAGUAAAACUAAUGAUGAUAUACAACAAUCAUCAACAAUUAUAUCAAAUUUAUUAACAGAUGAAAAAAUUCUUAAUGAAAAUAUGAAAAUCGAAACAAAACAAGAUUUAAUUGAAUUUGACAACGAAAUUACUACAAAUAUUAAUCAUAAUUUAGAUCAGCAUGAACAAACAAAUAUAAAUAAUAAUAAUAAUUCAAUUAUGAUAUCUGAUUCAAUUCAUACAAAUUCACCUUCAUCGUCUUCUUCGUUAUUAUUAAUGUCUUCUUCUUCUUCUUCUUCGUUAACAACACCUACAAAUGAAGAAAAACUUAUUGAACUUUUACCAAAUGAAAUAGAAGAAGGAAAAAAAGAAGAAGAAUAUUUUGACGGCGGCGACGACAAUGUUCAUGUAGAGAAAAAGAACAACUUCAAUGUCGAACACAACUCCUACCAUACAUCGGGAAUAAUAUUCAUAAACGAUGAACCAACACAAGCAGGCUUGUUAGAACAAGAAAAAAAAGAAAAAAACGAAGAAGAAAAAGAAAAAGAACAGCCACUACUAACAUUAGAGCAAUGCAACCAUCAACAUUUUCAAGGUGAAUCUUCAGUUAAAAUCUUAUCGAAUAAUUUAGAAUAUAACGUAAAUAUGUCAAAUAUUGAUAAUAAUGAACAAUUAUAUAAAACAAUUGAAAUUGAAGAAAUACCAGAUGAAGAUGAUGAUCUAUUAAAACAAAAUAAUUAUUUAAUUGAACCAACAGAUUAUAUUCUUACUGAUGAUGAACUUAAAAUAUCACGACAAACAUCACAAAAAUCACAUAAAUCAACUACAAAUGAUAUAUCUUUUGAAUUUGAUCCUGUUUUAUCAUGUUAUGAAAAAGCAUUUUCAAAAAUGGUUGAAAAUAUUGAUGAUUCAAUAAAGCCUUCAAAUACAACAUCAAAAGAAUCACAAGUACCAUUAAAAACAACAUGUCAUCAACGUCCUGAAGAUGAUCCUAUUGCUUUACGUGCAUUAAAACGUUUUGAACAACGUAUGAAUGCUGCUAUGGCUACUAAAAUUGGUAACGAUGAAACAAAUCCAUUAAUGGUCAAAGGUAAAUCAUCAUGGUCAGGUACACAAUCCACUCCACGAAAAUCACUUGAAAAUGUUUUUAAAAAUGAUCAAACAAUACCAUUAACUUCUACUUCGAUUAAUGAACAAUCACCAACAAAAUCUUCACGUGAUACAUUUAUUCGACCACGUAAAACAAUACUUGAUGAUAUUGGAAUUAAUCUUGGUAUUAAACGAAAUUUACCUGAUAGUACUAUUCAAAAUAAUUCAACAAAUAAUAAUAAUCAUAAAAUAGAAGAACAACAACCACAACAAACGCCAAUAGCUAUAGUAGAAAAUAAUGAAAAACAAGUUGUUCCAGACGAAUUAAUAAAGACUAUUGUUUCUGAAGGUCAUCAACAACAAGAACAAGAAAUGAUAAUCAAUUUAUUAACAACAAAUGAAAAUAGUUCGAGUAAUGAAGCAGAAAAUUCAAAUUCAUUAGCUACUUCAUCACUCGAUAGUUCAUUAAAUACAGUGAUUUCACACUCAUCAUCUGAACAACAAACACUUACACCAUAUCGUCUUCAACUUGAAGGUCGUCGUCGUUUAAAUACACUUGAACGUAUUCAUGAUCGUCAUGAUUCAAAUGAUUCAACACAACAAUUUCAAAAUCAAUACACAGUUAAACCUGAAGAAUUACAAGAUCCAAUUAUUCGUCGUGCACUUGAACGUUUCGAUGAAAAAAGUCGUUCAUUAGCACAAACAGUAAAACCAUCAAAUUUUGAUAAUAUUCAAGAUCCUAUUACACGACGUGCAUUAAUGAGACUUGAAACAAAUUUAAAACGUACUAUGCCAUCAAAUCCUUCAACAACAUUAACAUCAACAAAUAAUAAUGAUCCAAAUGAAACAUGGUAUACAAAUAGUUAUACACUUGGUUCAUUACAAACAAAUAAUGAUAAUCGUUUAACACGUUAUCCUGAUUCAUCUUUAUCAUCAACACCAUCUAAUAAAACACCUCAUGUUUCUAUACAUCAACGUUUUUGUUCAACAUCAUCAUCUGAUAUGUCAGAAUUAUCUACAAAUAAUAUGAUAUCAAAUAAUGAACAUGAUAUACCAAUCAUGCGUGUACCAACACAACCAAUUUAUGUUACAUCAAAUAAUCAUCAACAACAACAACAACAACAACAACAACAACCGAUUAGUUUACGUCAACGUUCACAUUCUGAAGAUAUGCUUUCAUCAAGAGAUAUUUCCAUGAAUGAAAUAACAAAUCUUGAUAAUAAUAAUAAUAACAUAAAUCAAUUACAACAAGAUGAUUUAUCAGAUGAACUUCAACAACAACAACAACAACAAGAAACACCAUCAUCAAAUGAAAUUACUUCAAAUAAAACUGAUUUACCAUUACCAACUACAAUAAUUAAAUCUCUUGAUCCAAAUUUUGUUCGUACAACAGAAGCAUCUAUUAAUUAUGUAACACCUACACAAACAUAUUCAGCAUAUAGUUGUGAAUAUACACGUCCACAUCAAAGUUCAUUAUUAACAUCACCGAAAUUAGAAUUAUCAUCUCCUAGAAAUUAUCAACAACAAAAUGAAAAUGAUAUUCAAUAUUCAAAUCCAUCAUCAUCAUCAUCAUCAUCAGCAUUUACACCUGUUCAUCCUUCAACAAAUAAUUAUCAUCCUCAACAACCAUUACCUACACCAUCGUAUACGUCAAUGUAUACACCGAAUAAUCUUAAUCAAACACCUUAUUCUGAUGAUCCAAUUGUUCGUCGAGCACUUGAACGUUUUAAUUCUCAAAUGCAAAAUAGUCUUAUGCAGAUGCCACAACAGCAACAAAAUAUGAAUGGUAUGUCUCGUACAAUUCCUAAUGGAUAUCCACGUCAAGGAAAUCUUGAUUCAUUUUAUCCCAAUGAUCUUCAUCCAUAUGAUCCAUGGACAAAUUUCAAUCGUUCUAUGCCACCAACACCUAAUGCAAGUACUGGUUAUCAAUCAAUAAUUGGACGUCGUCGACAAUUACGUCAUGAUGACAAUUAUCAUGAUAAUACAAGUGUUGGUAAUGCUUAUACAUCAUUAUUAUUUGUUAAUUCUCAAAAUCCAUAUCCACAAAUAAAUAAUCCUUAUAUGAAUUUGCCUGAUGAACCACCUGCAAUUCCACCACGUUUACAUCGUGAUGUUUAUCGUGAACAACAAGAAUAUAUAUCUGAAAAUGUUAAUAAUAAUAAUAAUAAUAAUAAUAAUAAUGCAUAUAUUCAACAGGGAUAUUCAACAAUGCCAAAUGGAUUUCGACCAAUAAGUCAUACAUAUAUGCCAUCAGAUUCUUUUCAUCAAUUUCAAGACGAUGAAUAUUUACGUCAUCGUGCACAAUCAACAUCAAGUACAACAUCAUCGGAUAGUGUUCAUCCAAUACAUUUAACUAAACAACGUUUACCUCCAACAUUUGCAAGAACAAAUAUACAACAAAAUAAAAAACUUUUACCUGAUGAUCAUUCACAAUUACAAUCAGGUCAAACAACACCAAAUAAUGGUAGUAUAGCAGGUGAUUCUGUAUUUCAUCGUCUUGCAUAUACAGCAACAAAAUCUUCAUUAUCAAAAUCAAGUUCAAAUUUAUGUGCAAAUUUAUUAAAUAAAACUCCACAGCAACAACAACAACAACAACAACAACAAAAUAAAUUAAAUAAUUUAAAACCAUAUGAAAUUGAUUAUGAUGAUACAAAUAAUAUUCCAAAUAAACAAGAAUCAAUGUCAACAUCAACAAAUUUUACAAAUAAAUGUCAACGUUCAAGAUCUGUUGAUGGUCGUGCACGUUUAAAAAAUGCUCAAAUUCGUAGUAGUAAUAAUAAUAAUAAUAAUCAUCAUCAUAUAAAUCGUUCAACAAAUGAUUCUGAUGAUAAUAAUUCUACAGCAGCAGUACCAUCAUCAAAAUUUACAUCAAUGAAUACACGUCGUGAUGCUGCACCACCACCACGUAUUCCAAUAACACCUCGAUCAACAAUAUCCGAUCGAACACCAUUAUCAAAACGUGUAUCAAGUGGAAAUAAUUUAUCAUAUACAAAAAAUCAUAAUGGAAAUCGAACACGAAAUUCAAAUGGAAAUUUAGUUGAUACAGAUAAUGAUGAAAAUUUAACAUUUAAUGAUAAUUAUCAACCAAAAAUAAUUGAUAAUAAAACACGUGCAUCAAUGCCUGUUCAUCGUUAUACAGCAAAUAAUAAUAAUAAUAAUAAUCAUAUUCAAUCAUCAGCAUCAACAUCAUCUGUUAAUAGUACAAUGUCUCGUACCAAAGUUCCAGUACCAAUAUUAACAAGUCUUGAUAAAAAAGAUUCAAAUCUAUCUGGUACUGAUCUUAACAGGUUAGAAUUAAUUAUAUUAAUUUUAUUAUCAAUUAGUAAAAGUUCUAUUACAAAAGCUUCUUUGAAUCAAUAUAAAACAUCAUAA